AUGGCCAGUGUUGACAUUUCCAUCAAUGCCCCGUCGGAUCCCUUCUCUGACCAAGAAGUAAUUCAAGACGAACGCGAGACGGUCGCAGAGUCCACGCUGAGCGUCGGUCGAAACGCCACCCUGACUCUCGGCACUGACGCGGUCAUCGUGCUAGAUGAAGGUCUUCUCUCAAGCGAGGGAUUUGAUUGCUUCGGGCUCUUUUCUCAAAGAACCACCAAUACGCGAUCCAUUCCCUACUUUAACGUCCUCUGGGCAGAGAUAGUAAAGAGCGAACUCACCAUUCAUUACGCCAAACCGACCUCCAAGUCAGCUAAUUCCCCUGUCCGCGUUGCAUACAUCAAUUACACCCUUGAGAAUUCUACGGCGAUAUUGGAGAAGGCCGAAAGAUGGGUUGAGCAUCUGCUGCGUCGAGCGUACGGUCAAGCUCAACGAAAUAAAAGGAUCAAAGUUCUGAUAAACCCAUUCGGAGGGAAGGGGAAUGCGGUGAAACAAUACAGCAAAGAGAUCGAACCUAUAUUUGCGGCGGCGCGGUGUGAAGUCGACGCUGAGCAAACAACCCAUCGUGGCCACGCGGCCGAGAUUGCUCAAAAUUUGGACAUUAACGCAUUUGACGCCAUAGCAAGCGUAUCGGGAGACGGACUGCCUCAUGAAUGUAUCAACGGCCUUGCGAGGAAACCGAAUGCGGCCGAGGCCCUUAGAAAAGUGGCAGUCGUCCAACUCCCCUGCGGCAGUGGAAAUGGCAUGGCGUGGAAUCUCACCGGGACGGGCGAAUGCAGCACGGCUGCUUUGUGCGUUGUCAAAGGUGUACGGACCCCUCUGGAUCUAGUCAGCAUCACACAGGGAAAUACCCGAACGCUCUCGUUCCUGUCGCAGUCGCUCGGUAUAGUGGCAGAAAGUGACCUAGGAACAGAGAAUCUUCGAUGGAUGGGCGACGCCAGGUUCUAUUUUGGAUUUCUCGUCCGGCUCCUAGGCAAAACGCUUUACCCUUGCGACAUCGCCGUGAAGACGGAGAUUGAUGAUAAGCAAGAGAUCAAGAAGCACUACGCCCAGUACAUGGCAAAAAGGGCGACUCAAGCCCCAAUCUCUUAUUCUGAUCUGGACGGGCCGUUGGAUAUGUCAAAAAGUCUUGGGCUCCCACCCCUCCAGUAUGGUACAAUCAACGAUCCUCUCCCUACCGACGCUGGCUGGACUCCUCUAACCUUCUACCCCAAUCUGGGUAAUUUUUACUGCGGCAACAUGACCAUGAUGGCAGCAGAUGCCCCUUUCUUCCCUGCAUCUCUCCCAUCGGACGGUUUGCUCGAUCUUGUCACCAUCGACGGCGACAUACCGCGACGGAAAGCGAUUGAUCUCCUGCUUUCUGUCCCUAAAGGCACCUUUUUCGACAAGGAUUGCGUGCGCGUCAGGAAGGUCAGUGCUCUUCGUGUGAUUCCGAGGUACGGGACGAUGGCGGACUCAGCAGCCCAGAACGACCACCAACGACAUAAGCAGGGCCAGAAGGCCGGCCAAAAACACACGAGCAAGAAAGAAGCUCCAGAUGCUGGUCAUUUCUCCGUUGAUGGAGAGAAAAUGCCAUUUGAGCCAUUUCAGAUUGAAGUCCACAGGGGAUUGGGCACGGUCCUAAGUCGGCGCGUGGGAGUCUAUGAAGCAAUUGGGCCUAAAGGCUGGGAAGAAAUCGGUGUCGCAACCCCUGGCGCUGCAAAUCAGAGGUCUAAAUCGAGGUGA